UUUACCUUGAAUCGAAAGCAGAGUAUCGUAUUUCGACUUAUCUGCCGCCAGCUAGACCGGGUCCACCGCGACGAGUCCGGAGUUCCCCAGCUCUGCCAAUUUAUUGGAGGUGAGGGCGGGACGGGAAAAUCACGGAUCAUCGGAGCGGUCGCGGCGCUGUUCGCGAGGAAGGGGAUCCCGCACCGCCUACUGGUUACAGCGACCUCGGGAACGGCGGUAGCCAAUAUUGAUGGGGUCACUAUCCAUUCCGCGUGCGGGUUCUCGAAAGAC